CACACACCGCACGCCCCCUUCAACGAAGAUGGCCGCUCUCACCACCACGUCUCUCACCGCGGUGUCCGCCGUUCGCGGCGCGCGCUCCGCGUUCGCGGGCUCCCGCGCCGCGUUCGUCGCGGCCCCGGCGAUGAAAGUUUCGUCCCGCGCGAGCCUCACGGUCAAGGCGCAGCGCGAGCUCUGGAUCAAGGACUCCACGGUCGCGCCCGCGCACCUCGACGGCACCCUCCCCGGCGACUUCGGGUUCGAUCCCCUCGGCCUCGGCGCGGACCCCCAGCGCCUGAAGUACUACCAGGAGGCUGAGCUCAUGAACGCGCGGUGGGCGAUGAUGGCCGUCGCGGGCAUCACGGCGACUGAGGUGCUCGGGAUCGGCCCCGCGUGGUACGACGUCGGCGCCGCGGACUUUGACUUCCCGCCCCUGGCGCUCCUCGCGAUUCAGUUCCCGGUGAUGGGCAUCCUCGAGCUCAAGCGCAUCCGCGGCUGGCUCGACACCGGCAAGUCUGGCGUGGUCGACCAAUUCCCGUGGGACCCCAUGGGGAUGAACAGCGACGGCAUGGCGGUCAAGGAGAUCAAAAACGGCCGCCUCGCGAUGAUCGCGUUCGUCGGCAUCGUCGUCCAGGCGAUCGUGUACCGCGAAGGUCCGGUCGCGGCGCUUAAGGAUCACGUCACGGACCCGUUCGGGUGCAACAUGGCGUCGAACAUCAUGUCGAUCCCGGAGCACCUCGCGAGCCUUUAAAUCGACGGAUGACGUCGACGCGAUCUGAUGAUGCGUGAUAAAACCUUUUGCGACGAGGCGACGAUAGGAGGACAGAGGCGGGUGGCGACGCGCGCGAGCGGCGCGCGUCGUGGCCGCGAGAACGCUGUUAGAGCGCUCGCGGCGGAUUCGAGAUUUGUAAUAGUGGAGAGAGUCUCAACACGCGUGUU